AUGCAUCUCCUCACCACCGCCAACCAAGCCCUCAGCCUCCUCCCCCUCCUCUCUCUCGCCCUCGCCCUCCCCUCCUCCCUCACCCCCCGCACCUGCGGCACCGUCCUCCCUCCCUCAAACUUCUACCAGAUCUCCCAGGGCCCCGCCGUCCUGCGCAACAACACCGGUGACCGUGGCCCCUUCUUCAACCCCUCCGCCCCGCCGGGCCAGCAAACCACCUUCAGCUUCUUCGUCGCCGAAUACGCCAACGACGACGGGAAGCAGGACCUCGUCGCCUCGUUCAAGGACGUGCCGUGCCCGCCCGCGGGGAGGGGGGCGUACGCGGUCCAGUUCGCGUUCGAUGGGACCGUGGGCGCCACGACGAUAGGGAAUACGAAGAUUGAUGUUUUUGCAAUCACGGGCGAUCUGCCUACGGAGACGGUCAAUGGCGUCAUGAGUGAGGCGCCGACGUGGGAUAAUAUCGCCGCGCAGACUGGGAGUUUGAUUGGGACGUUCGCUUUCCCGGCGAGUGGAUCCGCGUCGUCGGUCAUUUAUAUCAACUCCGUGACUUGCACGCCGACGAUCAAUUUGAGGUUUAGUAUUGCGGAUCCGAAUGGGAAUACGCCUGCGGACGAUGGGACGGUGACGUAUGCGCAGGAUGGGGCGAUGGGGUUGCAGAUUCAGUAUGGGUGCUAG